AGCUCUCAGGGUGUUGGGAAGAGAGAAAUGGGAGUAUUAACAUCAAAUGGGCAGAGUUAGAAUAGCCACGUGAGCAGAGUGAGGUGGUGGCAAAGAGGUUAAGAAGUUAAGGAAGACUUCACAGAAGAGAUAGAUCAGCUAUCUGCUGCUACAAUAAUGCUGGGUAAUAAAAAGCCACGAAACAUUAGCAGCAUCCUACAUCAGUGUUUAUUGCUCAUGCAUCUUGGGCUAACUGGGGGUUGGGUAGGCAGCUCUGCUGGGCUCACCUACAGGCCUGGGGAUCUGACUGGCUGUCAGCUGAUCUAGGCUAGGAUUGUCUGGGGUGAGUUGGCUGUGCUCCAUGUGUCUCUCAUCCUCCAGCAAGCUAGGCAAGGUUGUUGUCAUGGCAAUGGCAGGGGUGCAAAAAGUAAGAAGGCAGCCUAGGCUCCACACUGUCCCAAAUCACUUCUAUCUCAUUCUGUUGGUCAAAGCAAGUCCAAGGCUGGGUCCAGAGUCAAGGGAUGGGGCAGACAUCCCAGCAACAGUGGGAGAACACAGCAACAUUACAGGAAUUCAGGGUGGAUGAAGAAUUAGGGCCAUUUCUGCAAUCCUCCACAGGAGGUGACAAAAAAAAAGUGGAAUUUAAAAAAAAUGUCAUUUACAAUAGCAUCAGAAAUAUCAAAUACUCUUGAGCAUGAAAUUGAAGGCUAAGAAGGAGGAAUGUGACAAAGGAGAACAUUCAGUUCUAGGCAAGGGGGAUGGUAUGUGGAGAGCGUACAGGUAUAGUACGUGACAUUUCUUCAUAUUUCUCCAGUGAGAGGCAUUGGGUAGCUCUGAGUCCCUGGGGUAGAUGUUAGGUGUGAGAUGGAAGGGACACAAGAUGAGAGAGGUAGAGACAAGGUUAUGAAGGGCCUUUGCCCCUAGGCUUGGUAAGACAUGAACGGUUUUUAAGCUGCCUUGGCAAGAGUGUGUCCAAUGCUAUGAUGCUUUUGUUCUCACUUGCAGGAGUUAAUGAAACAGCUGAAUAUAAUUCAGAAUGCAGAGGCUGUGCAUUUUUUCUGCAACUAUGAAGAGAGCCGAGGCAACUACCUGGUCGACGUGGAUGGCAAUCGGAUGUUGGAUCUUUACUCACAGAUCGCCUCUGUCCCCAUAGGUUACAGCCACCCUGCUCUCAUGAAACUCCUCCAGCAGCCUCAAAAUGUGAACACUUUCGUCAACAGGCCUGCUCUCGGCAUCCUGCCUCCAGGGGACUUCGUGGAGAAACUCAGGGAGUCCUUGCUCUCGGUGGCUCCCAAAGGGAUGUCCCAGAUCAUCACCAUGGCCUGCGGCUCCUGCUCCAAUGAGAACGCCUUCAAGACCAUCUUCAUGUGGUACCGGAACAAGGAAAGGGGUCAUACAGAGUUCUCCAAAGAGGAGCUGGAGACCUGCAUGAUCAACCAGGCCCCCGGGUGUCCCGACUACAGCAUCCUCUCCUUCAUGGGCGCAUUCCAUGGGAGGACCUUGGGUUGCUUAGCGACCACGCACUCCAAAGCUAUUCACAAGAUUGACAUCCCUUCCUUCGACUGGCCCAUUGCACCAUUCCCAUGGCUAAAAUACCCUCUGGAAGACUUCGUGAAAGAGAACCAACAGGAAGAGGCCCGCUGCCUGGAAGAGGUGGAGGAUCUGAUUGUGAAAUAUCGGAAAAAGAAGAAGACAGUGGCUGGGAUCAUUGUGGAGCCCAUCCAGUCUGAGGGUGGGGACAACCACGCCUCCGAUGACUUCUUCUGGAAGCUGAGAGACAUCGCCAGGAAACAUGGCUGUGCGUUCCUGGUGGAUGAGGUCCAGACGGGAGGGGGCUGCACCGGUAAGUUCUGGGCCCACGAGCACUGGGGCUUGGAUGACCCAGCUGACCUGAUGACCUUCAGCAAGAAGAUGAUGACCGGGGGCUUCUUCCACAAGGAGGAGUUCCGGCCCAAUGCUCCUUACCGGAUCUUCAACACCUGGCUGGGGGACCCGUCCAAGAACCUGCUGCUGGCCGAGGUCAUCAACGUCAUCAAGCGGGAGGACCUGCUGAAUAACGCAGCCCAUGCCGGGAAGACCCUGCUCACGGGGCUGCUGGAGCUCCAGGCCCGGUACCCCCAGUUCAUCAGCCGAGCGAGAGGACGAGGCACCUUCUGCUCCUUCGACACUCCAGAUGAAUCCAUACGGAAUAAACUCAUUUUAAUAGCCAGAAACAAAGGUGUGGUGUUGGGGGGCUGUGGCAACAAAUCCAUCCGUUUCCGUCCUACCAUGGUCUUCAGGGAUCACCAUGCGCACCUGUUCCUCAAUAUUUUCAGCGACAUCUUAGCCAACUUCAAGUAAAGAAGGCAUUUCCAUUCCACUCGGAGAAAGCCCCGAUCUCAACAGUUGUCAAGUUGAUUAGUUUGCCUAAUUCAUGUUUUCACUUAAUGUAUCAGAGGUGAACGCAUAGACAGAAGGGUUAUUUGGGGAGGGGAUGUUCUUGGUCGUUUGGGGAGAGGGGAGGAGGGGAGGGCGGGGCUGGCUUUGACCUUCCUCCCUGCAGAGCCAAUGGUGCACAUUGGUUUAAGCCCAGAAAUUCUGUUUGAGCCCUGGUCAGUGUCUUCUGGGGAGGGCUGUGGGGGCCCUGUCCAUAUUUCUGUCCACCCCUGACCCCAGCAAUUUCUUUGGAAGCCAGCCAAAGGGGGUGGACAUGCUCCUGGGACUGGCGGCCCGGACUCCUGGGUUCCGGUCCAUCUCAAAUGCCAUAUUCUGUGAUCAAGGAUGCCGGCUUCCUCUCCACCCUAUGCAAACAAUCACAAUCUCACUUACCUGCCCCAUCCCUGGAACUCUGAGCACAUUCCAUGCACAGCUGAGAGAGACAGGACAGACCGUGUGAUGACAGUAAAAUGAGGACACUGGGACUGAGCCUGGGGGUUUUGGGAAAGGCUGCCAUCUUGGUGUAUCUGGGGAUUGCUCUAAACUGUGACUCUGCCCUUGGCGUCCUUUGCCGUUGGAGAUCUCUGGGUGGCAUCUCCCGGGGUUCUUACUCGCCAUCCCCUAUCCCCAAACUUUCACCUGCUCAUCCUAACUGCUAAGUGUCAGCCCAGACUCUGGAAGGAAAACUGCAGCCUGAGCAUCAGGAGGGGGCACACAUGAGCCACAGGGUCAGACGCACGUGCCUGUUGCCUUGGGAGGGUAAGCCAGGGCCUGGGGCAGCAGCCACUCCAUCCUGUCUGCAGUGGCAUGCAGGAGCUGGUUUUUGACCCCUCACCUUGGGAGGCUCCUUCUCCAGCUUUGGCUUACCCACCUUUGCUCUG